UAUAGAAUCAUGCACAAGGAUUUAUCGAGAAUGACUUACCUUGAAGUAAUUAUAUUUUUAUGUUCAGUGGUUAGUUUCAUGCCCAGCAGCUGCAAAACAGAGUCAGAAAACGACAACAGGGAAACGAGCCUGCCAAAACUCUUGUCGGAGCUGGAUCUAUCGAGCGUCGAAGUAUCGGCGGAGAGUACCGAAUCGUUGAAAACAAUUGUCAAAAGAUUGGCACCGGAGAAGAAUGGCGAGUACCAAGUUUAUCAAGUCUUCUUCGGCAGUGUGGAUCUUCUCAAGGAAUGGCUCAAAGGAGCGGGCGUUACGGGACAACCGGGAGUAGACUUUCCAGCUCUCACGACGAUUCCUGCCACUUCGUUUAGUUGCCGAGGCCUGAAAGGUGGUUACUACGCGGACUUGGAGACAAAUUGUCAAGUGUUUCACAUCUGCGACAACGGUCGUAAGAUCUCGUUCCUUUGCCCGAACGGCACCAUCUUCCAGCAGUCGCAGUUGAUUUGCGAUUGGUGGUUCAAGGUGGAUUGCAGCAAGUCCGCGGAACUGUACGAGCAGAGCAGCGAGCAACUGAUCGAGGAGGAACGAAAGCGAGCCGAGUCGCGGAAAUCGAAGUUCGAGUAUCAACAGUCGAUCGAGAACGGCGGACAGCAGGACUAUUACGACGUUCAGAAUCUCAGUUACGACGGGAAACAGAACGGACGGAUAAAGACGUACGAGGAACCGCCGCUGGAGAAUCAGGUGCAAGAGAGGACAAAGGCUUCCCGGUAUUUCGACGGUAACAAUUUUAGCCAAGAGUCGUUUGGCAACAAUGGAUUCCAGACGGGUCAGACCGCGAGCACGAGGUCGCAAUACAAUCAGUUCACCAGAAACACCGACGAGGGGAACGUGAACAAGUAUUCGACGACGAGUCAGGAUUAUUACAGCACCCCGAAGAAGGGACAGAAUUAUCAUGUCACCAAUAGGAACUCGAACGCUCAGCGGGACGAGAAGGGGGCAUUGAAGAGGCUGAAAUUUAAAAGUUUCGCUAGGAACAGUUCCGCCUCCACCGUUCCUCAAAGAAUUACUCCGUCGUAUACGGAGUCGACCACGUUCAGGGCGAGCAACACCAGUCCGAUCAAGGAGUCCCAACAGUUUGCCGAGAGCGCAGCGUUCGUUGGCAAUCGGGGGAAUUGGUUGAACGAAAACACCGGUAACUCGCAUCAGUAUUAUUAUCAAUUGUAUAUAAAUCGCGACUCUACCGCGAGAAGUACCGAUUACGAGUCGACGACACCGACGAUCGAAAGAGACAACGACGCCACCACUCAGGGAAGCACUUACUCGUUCGCGGACACCACGUCCACUUCGUACGAAACGACCACGCAAUACGCGACAACCGUUACUCCACCGUGUAACGAGAACGUUAUCACGGAAAGUAUCGUGACGAGCCUGCCAGCGAAUUCUGACGUUCCAUCGGUCACGGAGUCGCUGCAAUUCGCCAACAGUAAUUACCAUUACAGGGGGAACCUUAAUUACAAUACCGUUAAUAAUAAAAAUAACGAUAGGGUAAGCGUUACGAACAGCAACUCGGGAACAGAUCUGCCUGCUACGACCCUUUCCUACGGAACCACGGAAAGCUAUCGCUACAACAGCGUAACGCCAAGUUCUGUAAAUCAGAAAUACACCACGAAUCAGUUUACGUCGUUGCCCACUUCGUCUGUUCGUAGCAACAGCUUUGGUCGCAGCACCGACGGUCAAUACAAUAGAGCAACGAGCAAAAACCCUUCCACGGUUUCACCGGUGUAUCGACAGAACUUUAUCACCUCGACGACAGGUAAACCGUUCAAGACUACGUUACCGUAUCAACAGAACGUCGUAACGGAAAAGGAUUUGAGUCCGUACGAUAGGAGUUUCACGUACAAGCAAGGCAAGGUUAUGUCCACUCUGGGCCCUUACAUACCGUUCACUAGAAAUUACGCUCACUCGACCACCGGCACGACAACGAGGUCCACACCGUACACACCUACGGUGCCUACUUACACUUCCGCGAGGACCUUGAUACCGAAACUGAAACACUCCUCGCCGACCUCGUUGACUAAAUUGAGAACGAACUCGGCGCGUUUCUCGGAAAGGGAACACGCUCUGAGCAUGUUGAACUCCCUUAAGAAUUUGGGAAGCAACGUGUCCAAUUUGUCCGAUACGCUCAACGUUAACGAAAGAGCGAGUAAUCUUUCCGGCCCCCCGGCGCCAUCUACGCUCCACUCGCUGGCCUUGUAUUUCUCCACGGCCACUGAGAACUUCGACUCCAACGAGGCCACCGACUCCUCGAUCAACAUCGAGUCCGAGGAGGAUGUACAGAAAUCGUUCGUUUCGAAGAAGAGCAACGGAACCGUCCAAGUACCGACCAGUCUUUUGACUCGGCACACCAUCGAUUCCUACGCGGAGCUCUUCAAACUAAACGACGCUUUCGAAAAUAAUUCGACGACCGAGGAUCGCCUGGACAAUGCCAGUGUCUACGGCGAGGACUACAACGAGGACCUCGAGCUGCAACAGAGCGGCGGAUCGUUGGACGAUCUUCGAAAGUCGAACAGCACCAAGCUUCGAGAACUCGCUCAGGUAUUCACGCAUGCGCUGUCAGCGUAUCUUCUAGAUCCAAAUACGUUCAAGAAAGUGCUCACAGAGAUCAGACCGACCGAACCGACGCGGAUAACGCUGGACACAGAGCAGUGGGAAACCACGACUCCGUAUUCGAUCGCGGACGAAGAGAAUUACACUCCUUCGAUCAACGAGAAAGACGAGGUUUUAGACUUCUCCGACGACGUGAGUGACCUCAGACAGAAAUUGACGACCGUGUAUCCAAUCGUCUCCGAGCCACCCACUACGGUUCAAGAAUCCGACACUCUCAAUACGCUGCCGUCCACUUACUAUACCACCUCCAGACCCUCGAGCCCAGAAACGUACGAACCGAGCACGAAUUUUGUGUCUACCAAUUCCGUGACCAACGCUUAUUUCGAAACUUCGGUGCCUACCACGGAAAGCACCUUCUCUUCCGAACACGGUAGCACACCGUACGCGAGCGACUCCAGCGUCUUUUACAAUCAGAAUAACGAAAUAGACAAAGGCAACGCCGGUCAGGUUACCGACAACUACGUUCCUACCGACGAUGUCGGUAAUCGAGUCGGAGGCUUCCAAAACAAUAGCGCCACUAUCGCCACGGAACCCGACGCGGACGGUAGAUCGUUCGUUACUACUCCUGUAAGCGAUAACUAUGCAGUUUCUCCGACGCCAUCGUCCGCGCGGUUGCUCGUACACGUGGGAUCUUAUAAUUGGAACAAAAAGGCUACCAGCAAGAAGCCCGAGCAACAAUUGACGCCACCGUUCUACGAGAGCUACGCGGAAACGAUUCGGAAAGAGAAUGAAAAGUCUAGUUCUGCCCUCAAUCCCGAAAACUAUCGUAGCACCUCUAUGUCCUCUCAAAAUGUACGAUCGACGACCACCGAUCCUAAGAACCACGAAAUUUCCGUCGAUCAACCUCGCACGGCCCAUCGUCACAAAUCGUUGUUGCCGGAACCGAGACCCGGCGGAAUUUCUUUUCCCACGUCGCGGACCAGUUAUAUGAAAUUCCGAAACGUUUACAACCGUGUGGACGAGCAUAACAUCGGGUCGACUGAAAGACCAACGCUGACAACGUUCAGGACAACGGAGCCGACUACUUUUACCACGGCGGACGUAGAUACUACGCCCUGUGCCAACGUCGAUUCCAGCGACUCGUUCGAAUCGGUGAGCCAGAAAGAGGAUCCGAAGCUACUGAGCAAUAAUCAUUGGACGGCGUCGCCGGCCGUGACGCAUCUUUGGGAAACGUCCGUCUUCGUCGAUCCUCAACGCAUCAAUCACGGCUUGGAGUCGGACGUCAGCACGACCGUGUCGUCGGGCACAGACGGCUUCACGGACAGCCACGAAAGCGUGGAGUACGAAAACACGCCCUCGUUCAACGAAGGUACGACCAGCAGCAUGGAGGAAUCGUUCAGCAACGAAUCGGAACUGGAUCAAUCGGAUCUACCCCCUCCGUCGCAGAGAUUGUCGCGGGACAAAGAUUCGCCCACAACGUUUUCCUUGCUACCGACCUCGUUCACCGCUGAGAACACCGUGACGCCAAAGCCGUUGAUCACCACGCGUUCGAGUAUCACGACUACGAUAACCUCUUCCAUUACGUCCACCAAUUCUUUGCCGCAAGAAGCUCUGGUAUCCUCGUUGCUGCCGUACACGGUGGCGGAGGACAAGAACAACUCGAACGAGACGGAGAAAGAGGUCGCCGAGAAGCUGUUCGGUAAAUUGAACGCCUCGAGUACCAACACGUUGAUGAGAGUAAUGAAACAAGCGGACAAUAAUGAAACCGUGCGACAACUCGUGCUCCUACUGGUGCGCCACUGCAACGACCCGGUGAAUAAAACGAUGCAGCGGGAGAAGGAGGAACUAUUGAACGCACUUCUGAGAUUGCCGGUAAACGAGUUCGCCUCCGAGGAAUCCAGGAACGUCGUGAUCGGUAUCAAUCAGCUUAGCGUGUCGUCCGCCGGAUCGACCGCUCGCCCCAGGAAUCCGUCGACCUCGGCGACGUUCACGGAGCCAUCGGUCACCACGUACCGUAAUAGAAAGAGUCGCGUGUUUCGUACGACCACCGAGGGCUCGACGAGCGUCAGACAAUCGGAAAAGGCAACGACGACGGACGCGAUCAAUUCGUUGCGAGAGGACGAGAACUCCGCGUCGGAUGGCAGGGCGCUCGAACUCCUCAGAUCGUUGUACACGAUAGCCACGAAAUGGGGGUGAAAUCCGAGGUGUCGCUACAACCGGAAUGCGACGGGCCUUUGGAAAUAAAUCCUUUCCGAAACGUGUUUUUCUGAACGGAAACCAUUUACCAACGUGAUAUUUCGCGUAAUUCGAUUUGUCAAAUCGCUUCGAGUGUUUCAAAUUCCUGUGUUUUCGUACGCCAUUUUCGACGAUCACGUUCAGUAUUUCGAUAAAGGUUGUUCGUACGGGUGUUGGGAAAUGUACUACACGUAGCUGUCUCGAUGAAAAUACUUUUCUUUUCACUUUACGCGCACGUAAUUUUGGAUACAGUAAUGCACGGUUAAGUUUUAUAAGAUUCGGGGCCCAACAGUGAAAGUUACGCGUGCAGGACUCGAAGUUGCUUGACAAAGAAGGAGAAUGAUUAUAACGGAAGGAAGCUGGAUACAGUACAUCGAGCGACAACUUCAAAAAUAUGCCGCUAAGAUAAAAAGAAUAAUCAUACGAUAUACAAAAUUUGACUUGCAAGGUGAGCAAAUAAUUGACAGUAUCUCAAAAACUAAAAAUCAGUUAUGUAUAUUAAUAUUAUACAUGUUUAAUUAGUCGAAGGUAAUAUGAUUUAUAUGGUGUUUGGUCUUGUUUCAAACAGAAGAAUUUGAAAAAUGCAUUGGUUUUUUCUUAUUGCAUGAUUUUCAAUCUUCUUAUGGCAUCUUUAACGGUCGGUAAAUGAACGGCGAAUUGUGUUUUGAAAAUAAUCACUAUAUUUAACAAUAAACUAUAACAGUAAAUUACACUCCUGAUUUCACGUAUGUAUUCGCGCGUUUUUUUGUUAGUUGGCUCGAUCGACGCAGUGGCGUCGCUGUCGUUGCCGAUUCUCCGGUGCAGAUAUGGUUUCCGCUACACAAUCUCUUUGUAUUCUGUGUCCCGCUUAUUUUCGUUUUGUCGAUUCUCUUUCCUUUUCUGUUGGAUCAGGAAUAGUGGGAAGUUAACUUUGCAGAUUUUCGUGAAAGUUAAACGUACAUUACUGAAAAGUGUACGAUGUUAUAGCGUCAGCGACGUAUCGAACGACUCCCAAUUAAUUUAAUUUGACAUAUUACGGAUGAACAAACGCGUUCGUGGAAUAACUCAUAGUACAUAAAAUUAUUUAGUAACGGAAUUUGUUGGAAUUCGUUCGUUUAGGUUGUAUUCGUACAUGCCUGCAAUCGCACCUGAUCUUAACAGUAUUACAUUGCAUUACGUACAAAUAUACUGUAUUAUAAUCGUUGUACAUCCUCUGUUGAAUAAAUAAGAAUUUCGAUGACUAGAGUUAAUAACUUGCCUCCACGUGAAACAUCAAUUACAUGUACACAUAUACAUCAUGUUACCUCUAGCACGAUGUACGAUUUUUCAUCCCUUGAUCGAUUAUCUGACAAAAACAAACUUGGAACAAAAACUAAAUGAUAUAUGGGGUGUACUAUAGAUGUCGCUGAAACAAGUUUAAAAUAAAUACAUACAGAAUGAAUUGUAUUUGAACGACAAAAUUGAGUCAGGUAUAUUUUGUGGUUAGAAGUAAGACGGCAUCGUUUUCGAGAAAAUUGAAUUUUGAAUAUCAGACGAGUACGCGUGUAUUUAAUUAAUAUAUCGAUUUAUUCAGAAAUUUAUUUUAAAGACAUCUAUCGUACACCUCAUAUCGUUCAAUUUUUGUUCCAGAGAUAGUUGCGAAGGGAUAAAAAAUUAUGUGUGGCGUUAGAAAUAACACACUGCAUAUGUCUUUGUACAAACGGUCUAUGGUUUGCGCAUUCUCAUUUAAACUGGUAAACAAAGUGGAAGCUUACGUUACUUAAACUGCAACUUAGGGACAUCGCUUAAGUCGA